AUUAAUUUAUUUAAUUGUUCUUUGUUACUAAUAUUAUUCUAUUUGAACGUGUUUCUGUUUUUAGCUCUCUCUAUUGACAGCCGAAAUGUGACUUUAUGCUAAACACGGCACUGCUGCCGUAGCCUUUCAACGUUUCAUUGAUCAACCUGCCCUGACUGUGAUUCAAUGUGAAAGAUCUUCAAUUCUAUUAUUCAUCUAUUGCGCUCGCCUCCUUGAAUCAGAUUUCCUCUUAUCAUCCUUCUUUUUGCAACUGAACCCGUAGCAACGCGCCGCAUGCCUUCUCCCUUGAUUUACCAGCGUGUUAAACCAACUUGCCACUAACGGGUGCGACUUACCUCCACAACCGUCUGUAUCGUCAUCAUAUCUUAUCCCUUCAACUUCCACAGACCUCAUUAUAUGAUAUAAACCCACCACUCCAACCGUCGCGUUCUGCUCAUAGAACUUGAGCACACUAUGGCGUCACGGAACAGCUCAACAGCGUCAGUCCCGCGCAAGGUGGUGACGUAUGGCAAACCUGUGCGCAAGCGCUUCAUGCGCGACGCGAUGCCAUUCAAACCCACCGAAUCGUUCACUGCACCGAGCAGCCGCCCUGACUCUGCCGCACCUGUCGCGAAGCCAUCAAAACCGUCGCUACCGAGAUCAACAUCCGAACCAACGCCAAAACACGUUGAGAAGCGACCCGAUGAACCCGCUCGCGCGAAAGCCGGAGAUGAUCAGAAACCAAAAUCGCGCGAUGCGACAGACACGAGAAAAAGAAAGCGCCUAGAAGCUGCGCCUUCCGAACCAAUUGAAGAAGAAACAAAACCUACUGCUCCAAAACAACUGAAGUCUACGACUACACUGCCAAAGCGACCUGUAGCUGGAGCCUCUGAAAAUGAGAACAAAGCCAGCGCCCCUCCUCCACAACUACCAGUUUCAAAGAAGAGUCCAAAAAGGUCGAACGUUCGAUCUAGACUCCUCCCCCGAAGCAAAUCCGAUAUCCCAACCUCGAAACUCAGCUCAAGUGCUGCGCAAUCAACGGCCAAGGCCCGCGAUGACGAAUCUCCGAGACCGAAGAAACGACGACUGCGAUUGAUUGAUAGGUUGGCGGCUCAGCGGGCAGAAAGUUCAGAGUCGGAAGACUCGGCUUCUGAAGAAGAGAAGCCCAUGCAGCAAUUGCCCCCGAACAGCGGUACAGACAGUGGACGCGCGACCCCUUCUCAGCAAUCACAAAACAACUCCCAGAAUCAUUCUCAAGACUCUACGAUACGACCCAGAAAUCGCACCACGGUCGCGCUCAAAAGCCGAAGAGUCAAGUACACGUACGGCCAAUCUCGAUCCAUCCUGACCGAGUCUUCCUCGAAGCUCAGUGAGCCCAGCCAGGAAAAGCCCAUGACGGUGGAAGAAGAGCUGGAUGCGCUUCUCGCUACGCCGCCAGAACCCGCCAAUGCCGACCCAUUUGCCAUGGACGACGAUGACAAUAUUGACGGAGACGGAGGUGCUCGACCUGCUAUCAAGAGCGUGCACGAACUCCGAAGAGCCGGAGCCAACAAUCGCUUUGCCGAUGAAAUGGAGGACCUGCUUGCUCGGAUAGGAACCCCUGGAAGCUCUCCAUCUUCAUUGAGGAGAGGGGCGCUCCUAGAGCUUUCCCAGAAGCUACAGAACAAGGAAUUCAUCAGUCAAUUUCGGGAUCACGCAACUCGCGAUAAAGUCGCGGCAAACAUCGGUCAAGAACAGGAUAUUAUUUGCGGAUUCGCCUUGUCGGCUGUUCUCGUCACGUUUCUCCAUUUCAGCCCUGCAGCCCACCUCUUGCAACAGCUUGUUGAUGAUGGACUGGGACAAAUGCUCUCUGUCCUUUUACGGAUGCCCGAAGACAUUGAUGAACUCGCUUCGGGGAGACUGAGGCUCGCCAAGACGACGAGAGCCUCUCUGAGCGAGGUCAAGACUACGCUCAAGAAGAUGAAUAUCUGGCAUGGUCGUCGCCCUGAGAAGCUCUCGCCUCAAACUCUUGCACUUCAGCUGCUGAACGUUCUGUGUCAACGCAUCGAUGCGAUGCACUCAUCGGUAGUUGUCAAGGACGUGGAGAACGAUCUUGAGACCGUCCUAUCCCAUUGUACGAGUACAAACCCCAGAACCGACGCAGCGACUGCCCUUGUCAUAUCAAUACUGGAGUCUCAGUCAGGACUGGCGAUGAACGAUGCGAAUGAAGUCACAUGGAUUGCGCAGCAAUCGCACCAGGUGGCGCGUAUUCUCGAGAACAGCCUCCAGCAAUGGCCAGACAAGCUUGGAAACAUCGAAGUAGCUAUUCUCAAGCUCUCAAUCAACAUGUCCAACACGACACACGGUGCGGCUGCCUUCAGUGAUGCGAUCCUGUUGUCGAGUCUAUCGAAAUGCAUUCUCUCUGGCUUCAAAUCGGCCCUGGACGCUAUGAGCAACCGACGUCUGAAGGAGGAGACUUAUGAUGGGCUUCUUCUAGUUCUCGGUAUGACGAUCAAUAUACUAGAACACUGCGCUCCCGCACGUGAGAACAUCACCGGGGCGCAACUGGAUGGUCUGGUGACAGUAUACUUACAGAACCAGGCCUUGAUGCUAGAGGCCGACUCUGUAGAGAAAUCGAAGCUGAGCGUGGCAUUUGGCUACCUUUCCGUCUUGCUGGGUUACUUGUCUCUGGAAGACGCAGCCCGGCAACGACUUAAGGAGCAAGCGGGAAGCGAGGGACUUCCAGGUCUUAUUGGAUCGAUCAAGGAGUUCAUCGGAAUGUACAGAUCAGUGGACAACAAGGUGACGGAGCUGGAAGGGCUCGUCAACGAAUUACAACGACUGCGACGACAAUAGUUGAUUAUAUACGCAUGGGCAUGACUUGAGCUAGGGAACGUUUUUGGGACAAUGUUCUGAGUAUGACUCUCCCUUUUUACUUUGUAUGACGGAUGGAUUACAGCCACUUCUGGCAUAUUUGCUAGCGAGAGAGUGUAUAGAUGAGAAGAAGAAUUGAUACCAGGUCACUUGAACGAUCAUAUUGGCUGAUACUGACACUCUCUCAUAAUUCUGCGACACAUGCAUGAUCUGAGGCUCUUGUUGAAAUUUAUUCCCGGU